AUAAGAGUGUCUGCUAAAUGACGAAAAUGUAAAUGUAAAAUGACAUUAAAACUUGAAACUGAAACUCUCCCGCUCUCCAAUCCAAACUUAGAAACAUAGCCAUUUUACAGUUCAAAUACAGCUAUGAUUUUUUUAUUGACAACAUACAAGGGUUGAAUGUUGCAUUUUACAUGUUAUGCAGACUAUCUAUUGCCCCUUCUAAAAAAUGCAUACUGUACUGUGCGGAGAUACUUUUGUUAUAACUAACUACACAAAUAUAAGUGCUGUUGAACAAAAUGUAGGCAUAGAUCAGCUUUUUGUUUUGUACUAUAUCUUAAAAACGUAAUUGCUCACAUGCACAGUGUUUGGGACCAUAUCAACAAUUGACUAAUGAACAAAAUAGCACUAAAAUAUGUUUUUUUAGUAAAAUAUCAUUUUAAACCUCACUUCAGCUCCUCUGAACAUGUAUGUUGUUGUUUUUUUUAAAAGAGGCGGAUCUCUAGACUAGUCAAGAGUUUGAGUGCCAGACUAGACAGGCAGUCACUAGCAACGGGGAUACCUACAGUCUACCGUGACGAGAUUGACUAGGUGUAGCUAACUGGCUAGGUUAGCCGAGAUACGGCAACAUUUGGAUUAUAACUAUAAUUUAUUUUCAAGUAUAUCCCGGGGGUGUAGGCCAAGGAGAAAGAUGAUCUGCAUAUAAGUGUUGUAGCUAGACUAGCGUUAGUAACACUUCUUAGCCAUCACAUCAGAGUUGCUAGCUACCAGUAGCUAGCUGCCGUGCAAUGUUUUGAACAUCGACACCAGAAUAGGUUGUGCCCUCUGCUGCAUACGUCGUUCAUCGCUCAUUAUUGUAACGUUAGUUAUUUCGAUAAUUUGUGUAUAAAUUAUCACUUUUUAGAGAUGGACAACCUUACUUCAUCGGCAGCCUAUGCAUUUGGAUCAGAGGGGCUCAGUCCACCAUACAGGAAGAGAAGGACGGUGGAGGACUUCAACAAGUUCUGCACCUUUGUGUUGGCAUAUGCAGGCUAUAUCCCAUAUCCCCAGGAGGACUCUCCUCUGCGUAGUAGCUCCAGCCCUCCCAACAGUACAGGCAGUACAGUAGAUAGUGAUGGCUGGACCCCCGUCCCUCCACCCCCCUCCUGCUGUCCCCCGCGGCCCCCCAAACCCCUGCAGGACGAGAACAGGAAACGGCCCCAUCCCACAGGACUCCACCCCGGGGCCUCACUAUCCAGCCAUGUUAGGAACAAUCAUGGCCAUCUAGUGUCCUCCCUACACCCAGAUGACCGCAAGAAAGCCAACAAACUAAAGAAGAAGAAAAGGAGGAAGGACAGGGAGAACCAGGUCGGCGAGCCGAGCUCCACACAACAGGCACAGUUCCCCCUGCCCCUGGGAGGACGACCAAUCAAAGACGAGCCUGAGGAUGACUUCACCAUCCCCCUGCCCCUUUCGUCCACUCACCAUCUUCCCAGUCCCUGUAACCAGGAGUCCAAUGAGGAGUGGGAGUGCUGGGAGGGGCAGGGGCUGGAGGAGGGCUUGGUGAAGAUGGAGGGUUUUCCUAGGAACAGGACGGUGAUCCGGCAGGGAAAACAGGUGGUGUUCCGAGACGAGGAUGGCUCUGGAGAGGACGAGGACAUCAUGGUGGACUCCGAUGAUGACUCGUGGGACCUGGUGACAUGUUUCUGUAAGAAGCCAUUUGCGGGCCGGGCCAUGAUUGAGUGUAACCAGUGUAACACCUGGAUCCACCUGUCCUGCGCUAAGAUCAGGAAGUCCCACGUCCCCGAGACGUAUAGGUGUCAGAGCUGCAGAGACACACUGGGCCCUGCAGACAACCGCCGCUCAUACCGCGCACGCAUUGGCCCCCGCAAACACCUUCUCGACUGACCCUAUGGCCAACCACUAACCAUUCACCCUUAUACCCCCACCCAUCUCACCCGCAUUUACACCCGUACCCCAGCCCACCCCUUUCCCUAUACUUCUCACCCCUAUUUUGUGGACAGAGCUGACUAACUUUCCCUUGGGGGCUUAACACCCCCAAACUGAACCGUUCCGAGUGCUAUUUUUAAAUGUAUUAUAAAUAUGACGGUUUGUCUCUGCUUCAUUCCAGACUCUGUGUGCGUAAGGCAAUCACUGAAUGUUUGUCUGUUUGUAGUAAGCAGUAGUAAAAUAGUUGACCAGUAGGGUUGGACUCUGUAGUCAAGUCUGGCUGACCGACUGGCUCAGACUGUAUAGAGACUAGAGACGCGUCUCGCAUGAACACUGGAAACCUGUUUAACGCUUAAACUGCCAGAGAAAAUGGCCCUGACAGCUGCCACACAUCAGGGUGCAUUCUGGGACAAGGGUGGGUUUACUUGUCAGCCCCUUCUCAGCCCCCCAACCACCCUUUCUCAACUAGGGGUUGGUACGUAUGUCUGUCUGAGCGAUUUCUAUGUCUAAAGUCUCAAACAGACAGUCUGAAGAUACUAAUGUCCUAGAUAAGGUGGUCCUCUGUAGCUCAAUUAGUAGAGCAUGGCGCUUGUAACGCCAGGGUAGUUGGUUCGA